AUGUCAACGUCAUUCUUCUCCAAGGCAGUACUACUGCUAUGUUCGGUCCAUCUUGCUGCCGCGAAUAUCAUGAGUCCAAAGAAGGGAGAAUCAGUGGAGAUGAACAAGGAAUACGAAGUCAAAUGGGACACACAAGGACUCGUAGCACCGAUGAAGAUGCAUCUCGUACCCGGUGGAGCCACAGACCUGAGCACAAUCAUCAGCGAGCUGAAUCCAAAUCUCCAAAACUCUGGAUCGUGGAAAUGGAUGCCCCAACCUUACAAAUCUCAGCACGAGACGGUCGUAAUAGUCAUUGUUGACCAUGGAGGAAAGUCAGUAUAUGGAGAACCCUUCAAGAUGGCGCCUCCUUCGUAUACAGUGGCUCCUCCGCCUCCAGCGCACGAGAUGCCUCCUCCGCCUCCAGCACACGAGAUGCCACCUCCACCACCACCUGCACACACAAUGGCACCACCUCCACCGGCUCACAACACAAUAGUAGUUACAGAAAUCCAUUCCACAUCAACAGCAGCAGGAGUAGUGGUCGAGCCUCCUCCACCAGCUCACAACACCAUCGUGAUCACAGAGAUCCAUUCUUCAUCUACGAUGGCAGCUCACAACACCAUUGUCAUUACCGAGAUCCACGAAACUUCCACAGCAGCGGCUGUAGUUGAAACUCUGGCACCAGUCAUUAACACGAUUAUCAUUACCGAGAUCCACUCAUCCACAGUAGCUCCUGUUCUCGAAACUAUCGAGGCCCCAGUCGUGAUCGAGACAGCGGUUGUGCACACUUCAAUCAUGAUCAACACGCCCCCUCCGAUUGCCCAGACUCAGACCCUGGCAGUGACACACACCUCAGUUGUCCAGCACAUCUCCCAAGUGGUCGUCACCUCAGCCGUCGCUCCAAUCGUCCACACCAUCCAGGCACCUCCUCUCAUCCAAACCCACCAAGUCGCCCCAAUAAUCAGCACCGAGCUCAUCGCACCGAUCAUCAAGACCGUCUCCCAGGCUCCCCAAUUCGUCACCGAGAUCCAAGCCCCCAUCGUCAAGACCAUCCUCGUGACCGAAACCCCCGCCCCAAUCGUGAAGAGCAUCUUCGUGGCUCCCCUGCUCGUCACAGAGACGCAAGCACCCGUCAUAAUGACCGUCACACAAGCCCCCAUCGUCACAACGAUAAUCCAAGCUCCUCAGUUCCUGACCUCGAUCCCCCCACCCCACCUGAUAACCAACCAAGUGACCGAGCUCCUCACCACAGCGGUAAUCUCUCAAGCCCUGCAAAUCAUCGAGUCGCACCAAAACGCCGUCUCAGUAACCGAGCUCUUCACCGAGCAUGUCAAAGCAACCAUCACCUCCCACACGGUCAUCACCUCCACCCCGGCACCAGUCCACAACACCGUAAUCAUAACCGAGAUCCACUCCUCGUCCGCCAUGGUCGAAGCACCACCCGUCCACACCAUCAUCUCGACGGAAAUCCACUCCGGUUCAAUGGUCGAGCCACCACCCGCCGUAAACACAAUGAUCUCAACCGAGAUCCACUCCUCGGCAACAAUGGUAGAGCCACCAAUAAUCCUCCCCACCAGCGCUCCAUUCCUGAACACCACCACCACAGCCGUGGAGGUCGUAGCCAGCUCGCUCACCACCCUCGCUACAACCACAACCCCCGUGUUGGCGCUCCCACAGUCGGGAUUCACAUCCUCCUUCACAUUGGGUUCCGCAUCCGGGACAGGCGUCGGCGCUCUACCUGCGCAGUUCAGUGGUUCAGCGUACAAGAACUCUGUCUUAUCGGGUGGAGUCUGGGCUGCUGUCGGUGGAAUGGCCGUGUUGAUAAUGUAA